UUCUGAGCAAUGGAAUCUCUAUUCGGUGGUGAGCUGAGGCUACUGGGAGGUGGCGAGGGCUUGAAGGAGGACAGCUGUGGCGACGUGGGCUGGUCCUCCUCAUCCCUCCCUGAUGAUAUGUACUCCGUCUCCCACUACGCCCUCAUCACCGCCUACCAGGACAUCAAGACACGGCUCGCGGGCCUGGAGAGAGAGAACAGUGGCAUCAAGAGGAAGCUCAAGAUCUACGAGAUCAAGUUCCCUAUGAUCAGUGAGUUUGGGGAGGACAGGAACUCCUACUGCAGCUUUGAGUCCAAGGAGACAAAUCUACUGCAGUCAGAGAACGGCAACCUGCAGCAGAAAGUCAGCACCCUCACCCACGAGCUCCAGAAGAGGAAAGAGCGCCAGGAGCAGCUGGAGGAUGUGAUCCAGGCCUAUGAGAAGAUCCACAUGGAGAAGAACAACCUCCAGAGAGACCUGGACAAAAUGACCAGUCUAGUGGAGAAGCACGUGGAGCAUAUCGUGGAUCUGGAGUCUGCUCUGAGACAGAGAGGCAACUCGCUACAGAAGCUCAACACCCAGCUACACAGCAAGGACAUCCAAUACCUGCAGCUACACAGCCCAGACAAUCACAUGCUAGACUGUCCUGCGCUGACCAUGCAGAGCUCUCGUAGUCUAGACACUCUGUCAGACCUGAAGCUGCAGCGUCUGGAGGCGGAGCUAGAGAGGGCGCGGCAUGAGGCCGAGCGGGCGUGUCAGAGGGAAGAGGAAGUGAAGGCCGAGUGUGAGAGACUGCAGGAGGAGCUGAGACAGAUCCAGAACAACCACAUAGGGAGGGAAAUGACUUCGCCGUGUGAGCAGUGUGAUGUGGAGUGGAUAAAGAAGGUGGGAGAUGAGCAGGUGAAUUUGGCGCUAGCCUACACAGAGCUAACUGAGGAGUUGGGACGUCUCCAGGCUCUGAGCUCCAAACAAAAAGAGAUCUUGAGGAUGGUCUCUCAGGAGCAGCAUAGCCCAGACAAACAUUUGCACUACAGCCACAGGCAGUCUUGUCUCGUGUGCUGCUCUCUAACUUCCCGUGUCUCUCCUGUCUCCUCAGUCCAACGCCACUCCCACCCCCCCUCUCCCCUCCCUCACCAACGCCACUCCCCCGUGCCCCAGCGACACUCCCCCAUCCCCCAACGCCACUCCCCCAUCCCCCAACGCCACUCCCCCGUCCCUCCUCAGCACCACUCCCCCAUUGCCCAGUGCCGCUCCCCGGUGCUCCAGCCGCAGCACCUCUCCCCGGACAUGCACCGCCGCUCGCCGCUGCUGGACGUCAACGAUGGGCCUGCCUCGUACUCCUGCCGGCCAGCCAGCCACCAUCUGAGGGCCAGCUUCCAGGGCCGACGGAGCUACUCCGAGGUGGCCGACCCCUCGGCCUACCAGCGGCCACCGCGCUUCAGCCUGGACCCCGUGUCCACCCUGCCCAAACCCCGGCCCUACAGGGACUCCGGCUACUCAAAGCAGCAUGAGCAUGGAGGCUCCCAGCAUGGAGGGUCACCCCACAGAGGAGGCCAGCUCCGAGCUUCCCAGUCUGGGCUAGAGAGGGCAGGGAGUGAGGUGGGCCUCCACGAAAGUUCCUGCCACUCUCGAGAGCUGCCCUUCCCCCUGUCCGAGGUCUCUCCCAGGUCUCACCUGCACUUUGAACCCCUGCCUCCCCCCACGCCUGCCCCCCAGCUUCCGCAGUCCUCCGAAGACGAGGAAGAGUGGACCUGUCCGCACCCCAUCAGCCCCCCACGGACGCUGGGCGUGCCCAACAAUGUGUCAGCUCAUGGGGUCAUGAAGGGGCCAGCGUCCUGCUCGGCCUUCCCCAUCCCAUCCAGACCCAACACUCUGACCUGCCACCCGCCAGGAUACCUGCACACAGACCACGCCCAGUCCUGGCCCUCCAUCAAUCUGUGGAUGGAGACAGAAGAGAGUGACAUGAGGAGCUGCCCUCUGUGCCAGCUGAUCUUUCCCAUGGGUUACCCUGAUGACGCCCUAAUCAAGCACAUCGACUCGCACCUGGAGAACAGCAAGAUCUGAUCGCCACGGCAACACUGCACCCUCUUUUUAGUUGCCACAAUUCUUUACUUACAUUGUGGAGUGAUUUUAGGUUUGGUUUUAUAGCUGGGUGCCUUUUUGUUUGACAAGACAAGAGGGCUUAUUGUGUGUUUAGUAGUCCAUGUAUGGGACUAGGUUUAGGGAAUGACAAGGCUGGCUUCGAGGUUCAUGACAGACAAUGUCCUGAGGGUUCCAGGCAACUUGCAGUCCAUUUGUUUUUAUAUCUUACACCUUACCACUACUACUUGCUGUAAAGUGUCCUGCUUUAGUUUGACUCUCUACCGAUGUACAGUAUAAGGCUUGUGAAAUACAGACCAACCACAAUUAAUUCCUGGAAUUAUCUGGGGGGCCAGAUGGAUAUAUCCAGUUUGUUUGAUCUUCAGGGAUUGACAAUGUGCGGUCAGAGGUCAGAGUUAUUUUUUUUAACCUUUAUUUAACUAGGCAAGUCAGUUAAGAACAAAUUCUUAUUUUCAAUGACGGCC